AAAACCUUGCCGAGAAUAACGUUUAACCAGAGGGGACUUGUCAAAAUCUGGAAACAGACGUAACCCCUAUCAGUAAAAUGCUAGCAGAUAUAUCGUCCGUGCCUAGAUUAAGGGUUGAAGCUGCAAAAAGACGGUCCAGGUCAGUUGCUUCAGAGUUGACUUGUACAUCAAACAUUGAGUCCUGCCUGGAGAACUUCAGAAAGAGAAAAGUAGGAAAAGGCGAGGAACAAAAAGAAACCAAGAAAAGAAAAACUGAUGAUAAACCUAGAGUCAGUAGAACCAAGCAAAGAAAGAUUAACAGCUGA